AUGUCUUUCUCCACGGUUGCAAUCACAACCGCAAAUACUGGAAUCGACCAUGCCGACAACAUCACGCCUGGCUCACUGGAAGCCGCGAACCAACUUCUCCAGCACAAUCACGACAAGUGGCAUGUUAUGUGGGAUACCGUCAAGGCAGGAGGUCUGCAUAACCACCAAGUCCAUUACCUGCUCACCGAUUUAGCCCUGGGUGCAUCUCCCGAGCAGAUCAAGAUUGCGUUCGAAAGCAACAAGGGAUACCAACGAGAGAUCGAUGCAGGUGACGAGAAGAGCAAGCAUGUGAUUACCAGCGAAAACUUCGAAGAGUACCUGGCCCGUUAUGAGUACUAUGCCCCGUGGUUGGAUUUCUUCCAGAACGAAAUCAACCAAAAGGGAUGGCAAGCCGUUCUUGGGGAGUACCUCUUUGAUGAGACGCCCCGAGCAAAUGACCUUUUGGGACGGAUGUUUGAAGGAGCCAUCCACCCCAUCAUUCACUUGGGUUUUGGCGUCGAAUUUGCCCAACCAGCCAUCAUCGCUGAAGCAUUGGCCCAAGCGGCCAUUCACCGGUCCCAGGCAACAUCGUACCUUCUUCGCACCCAGGAGCUCGCGUCUAAUCACCCCGCCUGGACGCGUGAGAAACGUCUCAUGGACAUUUUCACCGCCGUCCGGUCGAACCCUUUCAUCAAAGACGCACCGGUCUUCGCUCCCGGUAGCUGGGACCGUAUGGGGAACUUCUUCCCCGACUUGCCGCAGCCUCUCGUCGAGGUUGCCGCUUCAUACACCCUCGACAGGUCUAUGGGCGAAGACGAGGUCCAACUCCGCACGGCCGAGAUGAUCGACGUGAUCACAUGGAUGGCGAGUGCGUGCCAGAAUCCCGCAAAGGCCGCCAAAUUCGACUUUUUUCUCAUGCACUCGGUCAACUGUUCCAUCUUCCUGUCCGUCUUUGCCAGGCUCGAUUUUCUCGACGAGCACACCAAAUUCCGCCUCCUCGAAUUCAAAGUGCGCAUGGGCCUCGUCAUGUACGCCACCCAGGGUUUUCCGGAGCUUCUGACCGACGAGAUCACGACGUACAAGCCCCGUCGGGGGGACCAGUGCAUGAACUGGACCGAGGUGAUUGAACGUGCCAAAAACAUGCCCUGUGACGGACACGUGGUCAAGUUCAUCCGCGCCUUGCAUCACGGGAGUAUCGUUUGUCGACCGUACGAGGAUAGUAAGGACGAGACAAUCGCGUCCAAAUUUCCCAUCAAGGGCACAGAGAUGUGGUUGAAGAUCGCCAACAUGGUCCUUGAUUCGACCGAGGACUAUCCAGGGACCUAUGAUAAGUGGAUGCGAGGGCCUGGUUUUGAUGCUGCUUGGGAUAUUGUUCCUGAUCGAAAAUGA